UCAACACUCUUAUUUGAUUGUCAACCGAACGCGCUAACUUAAACAUUAUAAUUUUUAUGAAAAAUAUUUAUACAAGCUAAAAACGUUAGCUAUGUGGAUGAUGCAAGUGAGCAGCAGUUUCUUGUGCCGUCCAACAAAGCUAAAAUGCUGCACACGGAUUCAUUGCCCAAUCAUCAAGGUAUCUACACGCCACUAAGUCAGGCAAUGACCGAUUCUGAAUCCGAUGAAGAAAUUGAAAUACAUAAUUCUAAUAAGCAUCGACACCAGCAGCAGCUACACCAGCAACAAUUGCAGCUAAAACAGCAACAUCAGCAAUUGCAGCUGCAACAUCAGCAACAAUUACAUUUGCAACAGCAACAACGCAAUCGCAUUCGCAUACCACCUAACACUUUAGCUUUAAAAUCGCUACACACACAGUCGAGGCAACAGCAAAAUCAAAAUAGACAGCAGCAACAGCAACCAUUUAACAACAGCAGCAAUUAUACCACCAAUAUGCAAAACACAUUUCGUUCGGUUAUGCUCAGUGAUUUGGGCAGCAAUGCCGCCAGCAAUGUUGGCGUUGAGUUCUCCAAUUUUGGCGCCGAAUACGACACAAGUGCGGAUAAUGUCGCCAUAUUGGGUCAUCAGUCUGAUCAAUCUGAAUCGAAGCGCUUGCCCAUGUCCACGAGGAGGCGUUGCUGCUUUAUAGCUUCACUGUUACUCUGCCUGUUCGCUGUGGUUGCCUUUGUAUGGAUCGUUCCCUGUGGCCAAGCGGAUGGCAAUGGAGCUUGUCCAGCGCCCGUGGAUCGUCAAAAGACGCGUAAUUGGUUUAACAACUACACCAAAAUCGAGCUCAGAGGAGGAGUUAAUGUUGUCGCUGGUGUGCGUGCCUGGGAGAAUAAUUUAAUAUUUCUUUAUCGUGGUGAUGUUUUCUUUCCGGAAUUUCGACCCAAUAAUCAUAAACGCAAUGGCAUUAUCUCACUAAUUGGCAGCUCCGGGGCUGUAGCUUGGUAUGACGAGACUGUGGAUGAGCCCGUGGCAAUUGAUUGUACCUUACUCGAUGUGGAUCUCAAUGGCAAGCCGGACUGUUUGGUCAUCGAUGAGUAUGGCGAAGUGGGUGCAAUUAAUUCGGGAAGUGGUGAAUGGCAUUGGCGCUUCAAGGAUCAUGCAGCACAGAAACUAAAUGCGUAUGACUUUCCACUAAUACUGCCAGAUAUCGAUGGCGAUGGUGUGUUAGAUAUAUUGCUUGUAUCCAGUCUUUCAUUGGAGCAGCGCACCAAGACACUUGUCCAGCAGCAACAACCCCAGAAACAACAACUCGAAGCACGCAACGUGCUACGACUUCUAUCGGGUCGUCGAGGUCGACCCAUCGGCGAGGGCUUUCGUAUACACGACUGCCAGAAGCUCAGCCGACUGCAGCUGAACGUCAACAACAACAUCAGCUACAGCUGCAGCUCCAGUAAAGAUCAGCAGCAACAGCAACGUUUCAAGAGCCUCGCCGAGCUCUAUGCGCUAAUCACCAAUAAAUCGCUAAUGGGUCGUCGUCUGUUGCCCGCCUCAAAGAUUGCUCAGCACCGCAAACAAAUGGAUGUACAGCGAAAUGUUUAUCUGCUCAGUGGCAGGGAAUUGAUACUCGAGAAUCGUGGCAAGUGUCCCGAUUGCAAUGUCACAUUGCAGCUAAGCGAAAUGCGCGAUGGUCGUCGGCAUAUGCUGCGCAAUUUAACGGAGAACGCAGUGUACGGCAUGGUGCCAGCUCAAUGGCACUUUAAGAACAGCAAGUCAAAGAUGUCUGGCUUUGUCAUCAAGUUCUGGAAGUGGAACAGCAUAGCCAAAGCAAAGCAACCUCCUGUGAGCAACAGCAACAGCGUUGAAAAGAUGAACAAUUACACCAACAGCAGCAGCAGCAAUAGCUCCAAAAAUCUGAAUAGUAUAAAGGAAAAGGAUAAAAAUAAGGACAAGGACAAGGACAAGAUGUACUCAAAAAAUCAACAGCAACAGCAACAGCAGCAAAAGAAGCAACAACAGCAGCAGCAGCAACGGCUUAAAAGAGAUGCACUCGCUCAUCAAUUUCCCGCCGAGCAUGAGGAAUUCGAUCUCUUUCAUCAAAUACAAAAACGUGAAACAUUUCAAAAUCAGAGCAAAUCUGUUGGCGGCCUAAUGAAAAACUAUAAAAUGCAAAUGAUAACGGAAACAGUUAUAUUGGUAUUAUUCAUUGGUGCCGAUACGCGCAUCGAGAACACCUCACAGAGCAAUAUCAUCCAAUUCUGCCGCAACGAACGCAACGAAAUGAUUUGUCAACCUGAUUUACUCAAUCAAGAGAAUUCCAUGUUGAUUGCAGAUCUCGAUACGGAUGGGUCACAGGAGUUGGUCUCCUACCUGUCCACGUUUGUGAAACCCAGCGAAUAUCCCUACACAGACUAUAAACUGAUCAGCUAUGUGCGAUUGCUGCGCAUCCAAUCCGAGCUGCCUGCCUUUUAUGAGCAGGAAAAACUUAACUAGGAGCAGUGUUAGCAGGAGCUGGAGAAGAUGUGCAUUUAAAACACACUAAAUUAGUCUACAAGAGGUUCAGUACUUAGUAGUUAAAUUGCUAGUUGCAUUGACAACAUAACGUUUAUAAUUAACAAUUAAUAAUUGUACUAUACUAUAAUAAUAUUAAAUAGUAAAACUUUUCUAGUCUCAAAUAAAG